GCACUGGACAAGUGGUAGUCUGAUUUCAAUCUUCACGUAGCAACAAGGAUGUCCUCUGUGUCAUCUCCUUCCUUUAUUCUUGAAACCGAUGAAUGAUCAUUUGGACUAAGAAGAUAAAAUGGCACCCAAACCACCUCCCAAGCCUCCACCUCCUCCACCACCAAAGAAUGUUUUCGAGCGAUUCGGUAACUUCCUGGAUUCAGAUCAAGGCAAAAAAAGAACUACAAUGCUGGUUUUACUCUUCUUCAUUCUUGCUGUGGUGAUGACCAUUCUGUAUCAAAUUGAACUGAAAAAGAAUCAGCAACAUCUAGAAGCAGUGGCUUCAGUUCGACAAUUUGCAUUGACAUAUGAUCCAAGUUUACACGGCAAAAGUGACAUGGAAAUUCUUGCUGCGGUUCAUCUCCUUACGUUGCAUCUGUUGAACUGGACUUUAAAGAACGAAGAGCUACAAAACGAACUGAAAAUUCUUACUGAACUGCUUCCAGGCUGGCAAGCUUUCGAAAAAAAUCUCUAUUAUUUUUCUGAUGUACGGAAAACUUGGCAUGCUGCUCGUGAAGACUGUUUAGCAAGGCAUACUGCAGAUUUGGUUAUUGGUAAAUAUGGUGAAGAACAAGGCUUUAUAAAUGAAAUGGUAACUAAAAAUAAGCACGACUAUUGGCUUGGACUCUACAAGAAAGAUAAUAUUACUGAUGACCUGAUAUGGAUAAAUGGAGACAUUCCAAAAGAAAAUUUCUGGUAUCCAGGGCAGCCUGAUGGUCAUCAGAGAGAAACCUGCGUUGUCGCCAUACCUCCCUGCACUAAUAAAUUCUGUUGGCAUGAUGCUCCUUGUAACGAGGCAAGAUACUUUUGUUGUAAAUUGGAGCCAAAGCGCAGGUGGAUGUACUAGCUAAUGUACAGUGGAAUCUCAUUAUAAAAUCUCCAAUCCCAGCUGCAAUGGCAUUAAUAAAUCCAUUGUGUGAACCAAA